ACAUGCCUGUUUCCAGUUUUAUUAUCACAUGAGAGGGGAUGAUAUGGGUGACUUGAAUAUAACUGCACAGGACACCUAUGGAUCCGAAAUUACUAAAUGGACAAAGUCAGGACAUUUUGGUUCCAGAUGGGACAAGGGCUUUUUUUCUCUACCACCUACCUCUUCAUUGAUUAUGAUAACUGGAAUCAGAGGCGAUGGAUAUCAGUCAGAUAUUGCACUUGAUGACUUCAAAAUCUUUCAAGGGCAUUGUGACUGUGAUCAAUGGAAAUAUGGAUUAACUUGUGAAAAAUCAUGUGAUUGCAUAAGAGGAACUUCUGAAGGGUGUAAUAGUCAGACUGGAAGUUGUAUUUGCCAGUCAAGAUGGAGCGGCAAAACAUGUAAUUGCCGGAAAUCAGAAGACAACUGUCACCCUGCAUACUCUUAUUGCCAUGGAGACAUAUGUUUAUGUAAAGAUGGCGUAUAUGACACCGGUGUUACGUGCUCCGGCAUCAAUGACAUAACAUAUUUCUGUGCAUUUGAUAUGCCAGACAGUCUUAAACAGUGCAAGAUUGUAUUGCCUCCAAUGCAGUGGGAGAUCGAAGAGGACAGCACUCACUCGAUUAAUGAUAACUAUCAUCUGUCAAACAACCGCUACUUGCAAACAAGACUGUCUCCGGAAAGCACAAUGUUUUCAUUCUCCCUCAAGAAUAUAUCGUUGAAAACUGAUAGUUGUCUUCAAGUCAAAUAUUUCACACGCGAUCCAACAAAACAAAGUCUACGAAUUCAGGUGAUAAGAAAUGGGCAUUUGAUGAGUAAUAGGCUGCUUCAAGGAAGAGAUUGGUCAACUGCCCGUGUCUCCAUAAAAGCAUCUUCAAAGAUCAAGAUUCAUUUUAUUGUGAACGUCAACAAUAGUUGGCCUGUGCUUAUGGACGACAUAAUCAUAACGGCCAAGAGAUAUGGUGCUUGUUCACAGUGGUACUAUGGCUCAGAUUGUGAAAAGAUGUCGAAAUGUAACCGUACAAAUACUCUUUCAUUUGACCAUCAAGAUCAUUGCAAUUGUAAGGCAAACUGGUGGGGUGAAAAAUGUGACUGCACUAAAUCAGAGAACGAUGCUUGUCGCAGACAGGGGGAGAUCUGCAUGGGUGGUACUUGUUCAUGUGAGGUUGGAUAUACAAGAGCUGGAUUGGGCUGCAGAGAUAUUGAUGAAUGCAAAUUCCAAUGCAAAAGUUCUCUGCAAACAUGCAAAAAUACGAAUGGAUCGUAUUCAUGUGUUUGUAAUAAGGGUACUGUUGGGGAUGGUGCCAUUUGCUCAGAAUCGCCGCUGGCCAUUACAAAUGGGUCUACCCCAAUGGACGGAAUUGUACUGAUGUGGCGAGACAAUGUCUGGGGUGCAUUGUGUCAGUCCUUUGAUCUGUUUACAGCUAUGCUAGCUUGCAAUACGCUUUUCAAUGGCGAUAUACACGGUGUUCAUCUUGCUCAGGAAGGAGGCUACAAAUCGCCAAAUGGGGUCACAUACAAGUCUUUUAUAUGUGAUCAAAAGAGUAAAGGAUUUGACCUUACAAAAUGUAAUGUGUCUAUUGAACCCUGUGACACUGAAAAGGAGGCGAUGCACUUAUCCUGUGGCGGUGAGUAUUUUGAAUAAAAUAUACAAGCACAUAAAUGUGUGUCUUUGAAUGAAC